CAUAAAGCCUCGGUAUGAUACUCAGAAUCAUUGUCGCAAAGCUCGAUAGUUUCUUUUUUCUUUUUUAUGUGUCAGACGCUUUGAAAUCGAUUUCACUGAAAAUUUCACGAUGCAUUUCCGAAUUCCCAUCUACGAAAUGAUUUUUAUAAUUUCGUACUGGACAUCGCACAUACUACUUGUUUGUGUGAGUUUUGUUUUGCACGUUGUUUUGGCAAUCAUAUACAGAGGGAAAAGAAAAAUUGUGCCGUCAGUGAAAAAUCCUCUUCUGCUGCAAUCAGCGUCGAAAUUAGCUCGAGAUAUACGCGAUGGAAAAUGCAAAAGCGAAGAUGUUAUCCAGGCCUACAUAGACAGGAUACAGGAAGUUGAGCCCUACAUCAACGCAACGGCAGAGCGUUGCUUUGAGGAUGCUCUAGAGAAAGCGAAAGAAGUAGACGCACUUGUUGCGUCUGGGAAAUGCACCAAGGAACAACUUGCUCUUGAAAAACCUCUGUUGGGAAUUCCUGUCACUAUCAAGUGCUUAUUUCAUGUUAAAGAUAUGCCAUGCACCGCUGGAAGUCUUUUGUUCUCCGACCUCAAAGCGACCGAAGACGCACCUAAUGUUGCAGCACUGAAAAAGGCCGGUGCCAUCGUGAUUGCGACAUCUAACGCUCCAGAAAUGGGAUUGCAUAUAGAAUCUAAGAACAGGCUAUACGGCAGAACUUGCAAUCCUUACGACACCACUAAAAUAUGCGGGGGAAGCAGUGGUGGCGAAGCUGCUCUGAUUGGAGCAGGUGCUUCGGUUCUUGGAUUAGGAAACGAUUUCCUUGGAAGUGUCAGACUACCAGCUCAUUUUACGGGUGUUUUUGCCCACAAACCUACAAUAGGUAUAAUGUCCAAUCGUGGCUUUUUACCCGUGGAAAGACCCGGUGUUCCUGGAGGAUUUUGGGAACCUGAGAUGUACAGCUUCAUAGUAAGUGGACCAAUAUGUCGAUACGCAGAAGAUCUUAUAACCAGCGUGAAAGUUCUGACUCUAGACAACGAAGUGAGAAUGAAGCUUGACCGACCCGUGGACUUCAAGAAAGUGAAAAUUUAUUACUUGCUAGAAAUACGAAGCUUAAUGGUUGUUCCCGUUGAUCAAGAGAUUGUGGCUGCCAUAAAAAAUGCUGCCUCUUAUUUUGAGAAACAAUACGACAUAACGCCAACAGAAGUCAAGAUGCCUUAUCUGUUUGAUGCCAUCAGAUGCAUAUGUACUAUGUUGGGACCUACAUUUGCAAGACUGUAUCAAUCAAUAGCAGGACCCAAAGGUCUCGGAAUCAAUAAAAAAGAAGAAGCUAUGAAGUUGUUGGUCGGAAAAUCCAAAGUAUGUUUCAGUACUCUAGUUAAUUUCGCCAUUCUUACAAGUCCUCUAUUGAACAGGAAAGGCAAAAGACCCUAUUAUCAAAAAAUGUUUGAGACAUGGAUGGAUGAGUUCAAAAAACUCCUGGACGAAGACUCUGUUCUUUUAAUGCCAACCCUUCCAGUGACUGCGCCAUACCAUUUAGAGAGUUAUCCUUUCAUGCCCAGUGUCUCUUACACGGGUAUAAUCAGUGCUCUUGGACUACCAGCCACACAGUGCCCAUUGGGCCUGGACAAACAUGGACUACCUUAUGGUAUACAGAUUGUUGGUUGCAAGAACAACGAUGCUUUGACAAUUGCCUGUGCUGUAGAGUUGGAGAGAGCAUUUGGUGGGUGGAAAUCUUCUGAAAUGCAACCUUGUGGAGUUUCUAACCAAGUCUGAAGCUCUUUGCACAAAUGGAACAGUUUUGUUCACUAAUGUACUUGAAGAUAAUACAGGGUGGUCAUAAAGUCUUUCUCUGAAAGAAUCAUUGAAUAUAAUAUUGUAAAUUUUUUAUUAUAGAAUAAUCAUAUUCUUAUGUCUUCUCCAGUUCAAUAGAUAGUGCAAUUAAUGCAGAUAUUUUGCAUUCGAUUGUUAUCAGUUUCAUGGGGAAGGGCACCUUGUAAUUGAUGAGAAGCUUCCUGUAUGGUGGUUGGUUCUCGUCACCCCUGCUGGGUACAUGAAAAGGUGGGGAUCGGAUUCCUCAUUUCGAUGACGGGACUACUUCCUUAGGGAAGGGUUGAACCGUGGCCGGUGAUGGCCUUUAGAACUCAAUCGCAGUACCUGCCAGUGUUGCUAUUGCGUCGGUCCGUUCAUUCUGGUAUUUCCAUGAGCUUUCCGGCGGGUCGGAGUAGUCAAUUUGUGUUUCGAUUUUUAUCAAAAUGGCAUCUACGAAGCAAAACAUUUAGUGCGAUCUUUGACGCACUACUAUUCCAUUAAAGUAGGUAGGUUAAAGUUCCAUUAAAGUAGGUAACAAAGUUAAAAAAUUGACUAUUCGUAAAAUUAUGCAUUUUUAAAAAAAUAUUUUAAUGAUUGAACAGUUUUUUUUUAUAAAACUAUUUGAAUUUUCUUUCUAA